AUGGCUAUUAUCAAAAGAGGUGCCAGAGAUAGAGGUAUCACAAGAGAAUCUAAUCAGAGAUCUGGUGGUAAGAUUAAGAAGGCUUCUUACGAUUCUUCGAAGAAGAAGGAAGUCGGUGUUUCUGACUUGACUUUACUGUCCAAGAUCUCCGAUGAGGCUAUUAAUGAGAACUUGAAGAAAAGAUUCCAGAAUGGUUUGAUUUAUACUUACAUCGGCCAAGUGUUGAUUAGUGUCAACCCUUUCCGUGAUUUGGGUAUUUACUCCCAAGAGAUCUUGGAAUCUUAUAAGGGGAAGAACAGAUUGGAAGCUCCUCCACAUGUUUUUGCUAUUGCUGAACAAAUGUAUUAUAAUUUACAAGCCUAUAAUGAAGGCCAGUGUGUUAUUAUUUCUGGUGAAUCUGGUGCUGGUAAAACUGAAGCCGCUAAACGUAUUAUGCAAUAUGUUGCCCAUUCUUCAGGCUCAAAUUCUCACAGUGAAUCCAUUAAAAGAAUUAAUGAUAUUGUCUUAGCUACCAAUCCAUUACUAGAAUCGUUUGGUUGUGCUAAAACUUUAAGAAAUAAUAACUCUUCAAGACAUGGUAAAUAUUUAGAAAUUAAAUUCAACAAGUUUUUUGAACCUUGUGCUGGUAAUAUUACUAAUUAUUUGUUGGAAAAGCAAAGAGUUGUUAGUCAAAUUAGAGAUGAAAGAAAUUUCCAUAUCUUUUAUCAAUAUACUAAAGGUGCCUCUGAAACUUAUAGACAAACUUUCGGUGUUCAAUUACCGGAGCAAUAUCUAUAUACAUCUGCCUCUGGUUGUACCGAAGUUAAUGGUAUUAAUGAUGUUAAUGAGUUCGCCGAAACUAUAAAAGCCAUGGAAAUUAUUGGUUUGGAUCAAAAUGAACAAGAUCAAAUCUUUAGAAUGUUGGCCGCAAUUCUUUGGAUCGGUAACAUUACUUUUGAAGAAAAUGAUGAAGGUAAUGCUCAAGUUAGAGAUACUUCUGUUACUGAUUUUGUAGCUUACUUAUUAGAAGUCGAUUCUCCAUUGUUAAUUAAAUCUUUAGUUGAAAGAAUUAUGGAAACUAGUCAUGGUUCCCAAAGAGGUUCAGUUUAUCAUGUUCCAUUAAACAUCACCCAAGCAACUGCAGUGAGAGAUGCUUUAGCUAAGGCUAUUUACAGUAAUUUAUUCGAUUGGAUCGUUGAUAGAGUUAAUCUUUCUUUACAAGGUAAUGAUGGUGCCGCAAAUGCCGAUAAAGCUAUUGGUAUUUUAGAUAUUUACGGCUUUGAAAUUUUCGAACAUAAUUCUUUUGAACAAUUAUGUAUCAAUUAUGUUAAUGAAAAAUUACAACAGAUUUUCAUUCAAUUGACUUUGAAAUCUGAACAAGAAACUUAUGAAAGAGAACAAAUUCAAUGGACCCCAAUUGAAUUUUUUGAUAAUAAAGUUGUUUGUGAUUUGAUCGAAGGUAGAAGACCAGCCGGUAUCUUUGCUGCAAUGAAUGAUUCCAUUGCUACUGCUCAUGCCGAUUCAGAUGCUGCCGAUCAAGCAUUCUCUCAAAGUUUAGAUAUGUUCAGAUCUAAUCCAAACUUUGAUAUGAGAUCUAGCAAGUUUGUUAUUAAGCAUUAUGCUGGUGAUGUCACAUACGAUAUCGAUGGUAUAACAGAUAAGAAUAAAGAUACUUUACAAAAGGACUUAGUUGAAUUAUUAGGUACCACUCAAAAUGAAUUUGUUACCACUAUUUUCCCACAACAAGUUAACCAUGAGUCGAGAAGAAGACCACCUACUGCUGGUGAUAAGAUUAUUAAGAGUGCCAAUGAAUUAGUGGAAACUUUAUCAAAAUCUUCUCCAUCUUAUAUCAGAACCAUUAAACCAAAUCAAACAAAAUCUCCUAAAGAUUAUGAUGAUCACCAAGUGUUACACCAAGUUAAAUAUUUAGGUUUGAAAGAAAAUGUUCGUAUCAGAAGAGCAGGUUUUGCUGUUAGACAAACAUUUGAAAAGUUUGUGGAAAGAUUUUACUUAUUAUCCCCAGAUUGUUCUUAUGCUGGUGAAUAUACUUGGGAUGGUCCAGUGGAAGAGGCUGUUAAAUUAAUUUUAAGAGAUACUUCUACUCCACAAAAGGAAUAUCAAAUGGGUGUUACAUGUGUUUUCAUCAAGAACCCAGAAACUUAUUUCACCUUUGAAGCUAUGAGAGAUAGAUAUUGGUACAACAUGGCUGCCAAGAUUCAAAGAGCUUUAAGAAAACAUUUACAAAAGAGAUUAGACUCUGCUAUUAAAAUCCAAAGAGCUAUUAGAGGCCAAGCUAACGGUGGGUUGGGUCGUGGUGAUGUAGAUAUGCGUGAAUAUUCAAACUCAUUGUUAUACGGUCAAAAGAAGAGAAGAAGAUUCUCGAUGUCUGGUUACAGGGGUUAUUAUGGUGAUUAUUUGUCUUGUAAUGAUGAAAAAUCAUUAGGUUCGUAUAUCACAAGAAACGCUGGUAUUACUGAUAGAAUUCUAUUUUCCAUCAAUGGUUCAGAGUUACAUUUGAGAAAUAAUAAACCUGCUCAAAAAUUCAAAAGAACUUUUGUCUUAACUGAAACUACAUUCUAUAUUAUUGCCCAUAAGAUCGUUCACAAUGCAAUGACAUAUUCUUUAGAAUAUGAAGUGCCACUAGAGUAUAUCGAAUCCAUUAGCAUAACAAAUCUUCGUGAUGAUUGGAUGGCAAUCAAUUUGAUUGAAUUUGAUCAACCAGAUCCAUUCAUUCGUACUUUCUUUAAAACAGAAUUAAUUGGUAGAAUUCUAACACAGAAUAGUAACAUUCAAUUACGAAUUGGUCCCACCAUUGAGUAUCAAAGAAAUGUUGGGGAAAUUACCUCUGUCCAAGCUGUAGAAAGUGAAGAUGCUCCAAAGAUGAAAGAUUUGUACAAAGAUGAUACAAUUUUUGUUUUACCAGGUCUACCUGUUGAAUCAGUUCCAUAUGAACAACCAAUCAGAAUUGAAGAUGGUGGUAUUCCUUGUGAGAUUGCAACUUGGAUGGCGCAACAUGCUGAUGAAUUUGACAAGCCAAAACCAAAGCCUAGACCUAGACAAGCUACCCCACGCCCUGCAGCCGCAGAGCCUGCUACCAGUUCCUCCAGAAGUAUGGCUGCCAGUGCUGCACAAUCGGCCUACAAGACGCCUAGCGCUCAACCAUCUGCUCCUAAACCUAGAGCUCAACCAAAGCCAACCCCAACUCCAAGAAAAACUACUGCAGUACCAAAACCAUCUGAAGAUGAGCGUCAUGGUUUUGGUCAUAAUUUGAAAAAGAGUUUUGGGUUUGGACAUGCAAAGAAACAGCCACCACCACCAGCUCCAGCUAAAUCUUCUCAACGUAGGCAUGUAGAUUCUCCAGUAAAGGUAACUACACAAAAUAAUCAAACUAAUAGUUCUGUACCAAAGGCACCAAGAGCUCCUGAACCUAAACCACAACCAAGAGCAUCCAGCACACCAAGUGCACCAAGCGCUCCAAAGCCAGCUAGCAAUAUACCUGCAGCUCCUGCAAUGCCAACAUCAUUGGGUGGUGCUGCACAACCAGCCUCUAGUAGGCCCGCUGCCCCACUUCCAGGCCAAGCCCAAUCACAACCAAGACCAGCUACAAUCACACCGGCAAAACCUAGAUCUGCUAAUGUUAUGCCUGCUAAGCCCAGACAAACCAAUGUCAUGCCUGCUAAACCAAGACAAACUAAUGUCAUGCCUGCUAAGCCUAGACAAACUAAUAUGGCUACUACUCAACAGGCUACUCCAGCACCACCUCCUCCUCCACCUCCACCUGCUGUAGCUCCACAAAAGACUUGGGAAGCUGCAUAUGAUUUCCCAGGUUCAGGUGCUGCAACGGAAAUGCCAUUAGUUAAAGGUGAUAUUGUUAUUGUUACAGAAAAUGUAGAAUCUGGUUGGUCAUUAGCUAAAAAACUGGAUGGCUCCGCCGAAGGUUGGGUUCCUACUGCCUAUUUAGCUGAAAGAGCUGAAUCAUCUGCACCUACACCUGUAGCAGCAGCAGCACCAGUGGCAGCACAAGCAGCUGUCGAUCAAUCUGCUGGUGUUCAACAAGCUCAAUUUGGUGCCGGUUUAGCUAAUGCUUUAGCUGCAAGAGCUGGCAAAAUGAAAGAUGAUGAUGAGGAAGAAGAUGAUGAUUGGUAA